AUGGAUAAACAGAAAAUCAACACCGAUAACUUCCCAGCGACACAGAGUGAUGAAGACGCAGCGACACAGAGUAACGAAGAUGAAGUUAAGGACAAAUAUUCGAGUCAAGCGCAGAAUCAGACAUCAUUCACACAUUUUAUGAGAAUUUUCUCAUACUCGACUACGGCUGAUAAGGUCGUACUAAUCAUUGCUUGUCUUGCACAAAUUGGGACUGGAGUUACUUUACCGCUCAUGAAUAUUGUCUUUGGUAAAUUGGUGGGCAACUUUUCAGACUAUUUUUUACCUGGUACGACUACUACCAAGGCCCAAUUCACCAGUACCAUCAACAACCUUACCUUAUUCGUUACUUAUCUGUUCAUUGCAAGAUGGGUUUUGAGUUAUAUUUCAAUGUUCACAUUUCGCCUGGUUGGGCUUCGAAUCUCCGCCAAAUUACGACUCAAUUACUUAAAGGCGUUAUUCAGCUUACCCGUUGGUGUCCUUGACACUCUACCAAGUGGGCAAGCUUCAAAUACAAUUACAACUACUGCAAACAUAUUGCAAGUGGGGAUUUCAGAGAAACUGGGAACUAUUUUACAAUAUUUGGCAUUGCUAAUCACAGCCAUUGUAAUUGCAUUCACGUACAGCUGGGCAUUGACUUUGGUAACCAGCUCAGUUCUCAUAUUUGUUGCUUUAGUUUAUGGAACCGUCGUACCAAUUGUCAUGAAAAUGUCAAAAAAUGCCGAGCAUGCCGACGAGAAAGCAUCUGGAGUUGCAGGUGAAGUUCUUGGGUCAAUCCGAAUGAUUGUAGCGUGUGGUUCUGAAAAUCGGACCGCGAAAAAAUAUGCUGGAUGGGUUGAAGAAUCUCGAAGGCGAACAUUGAAAAUGAGUCUUUGGGUAGGCGUCCAAUUUGCACCACUCAUGUUUGCCGUUUACGCUACAAUGGCAUUGUGCUUUUGGUUCGGCUUUCGGCUAUUUUCAGAAGGCCACCUGAAAAAUGUUGGAACUAUACUCAUUGUAUUGAUGUCUGUGGUGAUGGUUGCAAUGGCAGUGAGCCAAACAGCCGCACCUAUCAUGGCUGCUGGUAAAGCAGCCACAGCAGCCACGGAUUUUUUCGCGGUAAUCGACACACCUAGGCCCGGUACCAGUGGGCUCAAAGAGCCUGAGGUAUCAGCCCGUGAAGAUAUCACUCUCAACUCUGUUACCUUUGCCUACCCGAGCAGACCUCAUGUCAAGGUUCUCGAUGAUUUAUCAAUGAGGUUUGAAUCUGGCAAAAUCACAGCCAUUGUGGGAGCAUCUGGUUCUGGUAAGAGUACUAUCGUAGGUCUUUUAGAAAGAUGGUACAAUCUCGAGGAACAACGAAUAGUGAUACCUCCAAGCGCUAUGAGAGAUGAGAAAAAAGAUAAGAAGAAAGAAGAACGACCAAAGACUCCCGAGGAGUGCGAUGAGAAACAGGAUCCAGUUGCUCUAUCCGGUAUUAUUGCUUGUGGAAGUAACGAGUUGAGAUCCCUCGACCUCAAAUGGUGGCGAACACAAAUUGGCCUUGUACAACAAGAGCCGUUUAUAUUCAAUGAUACGAUAGCCAAAAAUGUUGAAUAUGGUUUAAUUGGUUCAGAAUGGGAGCUCGAAAAUACCGACAUGAAGAGGAAGCUUGUCAUAGAGGCUUGUAAAGAAGCUUUUGCUGAUGAAUAUAUCGUAAAAUUACCCUUGGGAUAUGAUACACAAGUUGGCGAUGCUGGUAUUAAGCUAAGCGGCGGACAAAGGCAGAGGUUGGCUAUCGCUAGGAGUAUCAUCAAGCGACCAAAGAUCUUGAUAUUAGACGAAGCUACUAGUGCAAUCGAUGUGAGAGGAGAGCAGAUUGUUCAGGCAGCCUUAGAUAAAGUGAGCGAGGGUAGAACAACUAUCACAAUUGCUCACAGGCUUUCAACAAUCAUAAAGGCUGACAAGAUUGUGGUCCUGAAGAAGGGAAAGCUUAUCGAAGAGGGAACUCAUGAGGGAUUACUUUCGAACCCGGACAGCGCAUAUAGUGCUCUUGUCAAUGCCCAACAAUUAUCUUUAGGAGAUGUCUAUCAAGAAGAGUCUAAUUUGGUGGAGACAACGGACCCCCUGAAACGAAAAAUGAGUGCAGCGGAAAAGGAAAAGGAACAAAAAGAAGCAGUGGCAUACAAACCUAAGGGUCUUGCCAGAAGUCUCGGACUUUUCUUGUAUGAGCAACGCGCUAGAUCGCAAUGGUACUUGAUGCUUGUGAUAGGUGCUAUAGCUGCCGGCGCUGCCUAUCCCAUUCAAGCCUAUCUAUUUGCACAAAUCAUUUCAGUGUUUUCAUUGACCGGGCCCAGACUGAAGGCUGCCACAGAACACUACGCCUUGAUGUUCUUCAUUCUUGGGUUGGGUGCUGGUGUAGCUUGGUUCAUUAUGGGUUAUUCUUCGACCAUGAUAUCUGGUCAUAUCACUUCCACAUACCGUCAAGAGUACUUUGAGAGUAUUUUACAUAAGCCGAUUGCCUUUUUCGACGCAGAGGAAAACUCUAGUGGCGAACUCACUGGUCGUGUCGCUAAUGAUCCAACACAACUUCAACAACUACUUGGCAUUAAUAUGGCCAUGGUGCUGACGGCAAUCUGUAACAUUACUGGUUGCAUCAUCAUCGCUUUUGUUUUUGGCUGGAAGCUAACUUGCGUGGUGGCCUUUGUCGCCCUUCCUUUAUUAAUUUUUGGUAGUUUUUAUCGCAUUCGGUAUGAGAUUCAGUUUGAGAAAAUGAAUCAAGCAGUCUUUGCUGAAAGUUCUAAAUUCGCUGCUGAAGCAAUCUCUGCAUUUCGAACAGUCACCUCGUUGACCUUGGAGGAUAUGAUUUGCACCCGUUACGAGGAACUGCUGAAGUGGCAUGCAAAGGGCCACGCCAAGAAAAGCAGAUAUUCAUCAAUUGUCUUCGCCGCUAGCGAGAGUUUGGGACUAGGGUGUAUGGCUUUAGCAUUUUGGUAUGGUGGCACUCUCCUUGCUUCGAGAGAAUAUGGUCCAAUCAACUUCUUUGUGGUUUAUACUGCUAUAAUAAAUGGUGCCGAGAGCGCUGGAAGUCUUUUGAGUUUUGGCCCUAAUAUUGCACAGGCAUCGGCAGCAGCAAAUAGAAUAUUGAGCUUUAGAUUGCCGGCAGAACUAAUUGGAAAGUCAGCAUCGCAAAUACAGAAUAUAGAGGGCGGGGUGAAGAUAGAACUGAGAGAUGUCUGGUUCAAGUACCCUACUCGUGAUGUUCCAAUAUUUACUGGUUUGAAUAUUACGAUUAAGAAAGGCCAAUUUGCUGCGUUGGUUGGGCCUUCAGGCUGUGGAAAAACAUCAAUUGUCAGUCUCCUUGAAAGAUUCUACGAUGUUCAAAAGGGUAAGAUAUUAUGCAACGACACCGAUAUCUCCGAACUUAGUAUUCGAGAAUACCGGAAAAUGAUCUCGCUCGUAGCACAGGAGCCUACUUUGUUUGGAGGCACCAUUAAAGAGAACAUAUACUUGGGUGUCGAUGAGUCGACUCCGGAAGAAACCCUCCAUAGAGUCUGUCGUGAUGCCGAAAUUCACGACUUUAUCAUGUCCCUCCCUGAUGGCUACAAUACUAAUGUCGGUACCAAGGGAGUUGCUCUCUCAGGAGGACAAAAACAACGGAUCUCAAUAGCUCGUGCGCUCAUUCGCAAUCCCAAGAUCCUUCUUCUUGAUGAAGCGACAUCAAGUCUGGAUUCUGAGAGCGAGAAGCUCGUACAAGCAGCAUUUGAACGGGCGGCAACAGGUAGGACGAUGGUUGUCGUAGCCCAUCGACUAGCCACUGUGCAAAAUGCAGAUGUGAUUUUUGUGUUGGGUGAAGGUAGGGUAUUGGAAGUGGGAGAUCACGCAGCAUUGUUACGGAAGAAAGGUGUAUAUUAUCAAAUGUGUCAAUCUCAAGCACUUGACCGAUAG